GCUAAAGCGAGACGUACGGUUUUCGCGCCUCCAAAACCGAUGUCGUUUCAUCCGCUAGCCGUGCCAAAAGUCAUUCGCUUGUGUGUUUCGUCGUGCGCUUGAGCUUUUUGUAGCCCUCAAAACGAACAGAAGUCAUCUAGUGGAGUGUUCUGCUGAGCAGGAACGCAAAACAUCGACUGAAGCAACGAAUUUCUACAGUUUGUUGGAAAGGAGAGAGGCCAAGCCACAGCCAGCGAAACACGAUUUCGGAUCAUCUGCAAAUCAUUGCAUUCAAUUCGCUCCAGUCGAACCAAACAUUAAAAAAUGGCAGAAGGAGACAUGCCCACCUUCAAAUGCGUGCUGGUAGGAGACGGUGGUACCGGCAAAACGACAUUUGUCAAACGCCACAUGACCGGUGAGUUUGAGAAAAAGUACGUCGCUACACUCGGCGUGGAGGUACAUCCCCUCGUAUUCCAUACAAAUCGUGGCGCCAUUCGAUUCAACGUAUGGGAUACGGCCGGUCAGGAAAAGUUUGGUGGCCUCCGCGAUGGAUACUAUAUUCAGGGACAAUGUGCCAUCAUCAUGUUUGACGUUACCUCUCGUGUGACGUACAAAAACGUACCCAACUGGCAUCGAGAUCUGGUCCGAGUGUGCGAGAAUAUCCCGAUUGUCUUGUGCGGUAACAAGGUGGACAUCAAAGACCGCAAAGUGAAAGCCAAAUCUAUCGUAUUCCACCGGAAGAAGAACCUACAGUACUACGACAUCUCCGCAAAGUCGAACUACAACUUCGAGAAACCGUUCCUGUGGUUGGCCCGCAAGCUGGUCGGUGAUCCCAAUCUCGAGUUUGUCGCAAUGCCUGCUCUGCUCCCGCCGGAGGUGAAAAUGGAUAAGGAUUGGCAGGUUCAAAUUGAGAAAGAUUUGGAGGAAGCACAGCAUACCGCUCUCCCAGACGAAGACGAGGAUUUGUAAGUUUGUUUACUUCGGUAAACGACUGCAGGUUUUUGCCCACACUCCAUCUUGCAGGUGUCCACGGUUUUCAAAAGCUGCGGUUCAACUUCUACUUACAAUUUUGUUAAAAGUUAUUGCUGGACUAUUGCUGCUAGAAAGCCAUGGGCGCUUGCCGAAAACCUUUAUCAAUUAUGUUUUUUUUUCUUGUAAUUUGCUAUACAAAUUAUAUGAUAAUUACGGUGUGAUUAAAAAUUAACAAUGGAGCGAAACAAAUGCGGAUUAUUAAUUGAUGAGGUGAAGAUCAUAGUACUCAGAUAAUUUCAUUCAUGAAAGUAUAAUAUGCGAUGGUUUUGCCGUUCCGAUCUGCAGUAGAAAACAAGAGGGGUGAAGAGUUCAAACUGACCAGCUUCAACUGUACUUGCGAAGCAUACGUGUGUCAUUGGAAAAGAAAGUUAAAAAGCGCCAAGGGAUUGUUUUCAAAUCUUUCGUAGUUAAAGGUAUUUUCUGAGAAAAGUACAUUAUCGAUGUUACGUUUCUUUUCUGCUGUUGGCUGCUCAGGGCCGUGGAGUGCAUGCAUAUGCCACUAUUUUCAGACUUUCCAAUGCCAUCCGAUGUUAGGAUUAAAGCAUUACAUAAAUGAAUUGUACUAUGCGCUACUACUGGUGUUCUUUACCAUGCCUGCUUCAAUCCAGAAUUCUACGUAAAUGGAUGUAAUGAUUUGUAAUAGUUUCGAU